AAGGAGAGGAAAGAAAGGGCGAAGUUUAAAAAGAAAAACCCUUUGUCCUGUGUAGCGUGAGUGAAGCCCUAGACUACACACUUCGCAAUGGCGGUUGUUGCGCAAACCCCUGACAUCGCCGGCGACCGACAGUCCGGCCAGGACGUUCGCACCCAAAACGUGGUGGCAUGCCAAGCCGUUGCGAACAUCGUCAAAAGCUCCUUGGGCCCCGUUGGCCUCGACAAGAUGCUCGUCGACGACAUUGGCGACGUCACCAUCACCAACGACGGUGCUACUAUUCUCAAGAUGUUGGAAGUGGAGCAUCCUGCUGCCAAGGUUUUGGUGGAGCUGGCGGAGCUUCAAGACAGGGAAGUUGGAGAUGGAACUACUUCUGUCGUCAUUGUAGCUGCUGAGCUUCUCAAAAGGGCUAAUGACCUUGUCAGGAACAAGAUUCAUCCAACCUCGAUUAUCAGUGGAUAUAGACUUGCUAUGAGAGAAGCUUGUAAAUAUGUAGAAGAAAAGCUGUCUGUCAAGGUUGAAAAGCUGGGAAAGGAUUCACUAAUUAACUGUGCCAAGACCAGUAUGUCGUCAAAGUUGAUAGCUGGUGAUAGUGACUUCUUUGCCAAUUUGGUUGUAGAUGCAGUGCAAUCUGUAAAGAUGACCAAUGCUCGAGGUGAAGUUAAAUAUCCAAUCAAGGGAAUCAAUAUAUUGAAGGCUCAUGGAAAAAGUGCUAGAGACAGCUUUCUGAUGAAUGGUUAUGCUCUAAAUACUGGACGUGCAGCUCAAGGAAUGCCCCUUAGGGUUGCCCCUGCAAAAAUUGCCUGUCUUGAUUUCAAUCUUCAGAAGACAAAAAUGCAAUUGGGAGUUCAAGUAUUAGUCACUGAUCCAAGGGAGCUAGAGAAAAUUCGUCAAAGAGAGGCUGAUAUGACUAAGGAACGUAUUGAAAAACUACUGAAAGCUGGAGCUAAUGUUGUACUGACUACUAAAGGAAUUGAUGACAUGGCACUUAAGUAUUUUGUUGAGGCUGGGGCAAUUGCUGUUAGACGUGUGCGUAAGGAGGAUAUGCGUCAUGUUGCCAAGGCUACUGGUGCAACAUUGGUCUCAACAUUUGCUGAUAUGGAAGGGGAGGAAACAUUUGAACCAUCUUUUCUUGGAUGUGCUGAUGAGGUUGUUGAGGAGCGAAUAUCUGAUGAUGCCGUUGUUAUGAUCAAAGGGACCAAAACUACAAGUGCAGUAUCUUUGGUUUUAAGAGGUGCAAAUGACCAUAUGCUUGAUGAGAUGGAUAGAGCACUGCAUGAUGCAUUAUCAAUUGUCAAGAGAACUCUUGAAUCAAAUACGGUGGUAGCUGGUGGAGGUGCUGUUGAAGCAGCAUUAUCAGUUUAUUUGGAAUACCUUGCUACAACUUUAGGAUCUCGGGAGCAGUUGGCUAUAGCAGAAUUUGCUGAGUCUCUGUUAAUCAUUCCAAAGGUUCUUUCUGUUAAUGCUGCUAAGGAUGCCACCGAGCUUGUUGCAAAAUUACGGGCGUAUCACCAUUCAGCGCAAACUAAAGCUGAUAAGAAACAUUUAUCAAGCAUGGGUUUGGACCUUUCGGAAGGAAAAAUCAGAAACAAUUUGGAUGCUGGAGUCAUUGAGCCCGCAAUGAGCAAAGUCAAAAUUAUUCAGUUUGCAACUGAAGCUGCUAUCACUAUCCUUCGAAUUGAUGACAUGAUCAAGCUUGUCAAGGAAGAAAGUCAAAAUGGAGAGGAUUAAAGUGUGUAAUUGAAUCUAGGAGCCAUUUACUUCCCAGUGCUUACGAAAGGUGGGGUUUUGCAGGCUGUUGGUGUGCAUUUGAAGAGGGUAUCUACAUUUUAUCUUCAAUGCCCUUGAUGUUCUUGAAGGGGAAAUGUUCUAAUUAUGUCUCUGAAAGUAGCGAUUAUUAUAUUUAAAUCUUAGCAUUUUAUAUUCCUACAAAUUUUAGGCAAACAUUUUUGGUCAUGCAUUGGCUGGUUGCAUGUUUGUACAUGUCUUUCUGAGGCUGUGUUUGGUUUGUGGAAUUUUGAUGUUGCAUUGGUAGUAUUGAUUUUUUUUAAUCCAAGAACUAAAUACGUGUGCAAAUGGGGUUAACAAGCCAUUUAAUCUUAAAUGUUGUGAGGGUUCAUAAUAUAUGCUAACAAUAGAAUUUUUCGUUGUUGGUGAAA